GCAGUCGCCGGGGUGAUUAGUCUUCUUCCAAUCAUCAUCGUCUUCUUCUAUUUAACUCGUUAAGACGAUUUUUGAAGUUAAACUCGAAAGGAAGAGCAAAUGGCGAGUGAAGCGGAGGCGAAAAGAAGAAUUUGGGAGCGAAGGAGGUGCGACGCGUGCAAGUCGGCGGCGGCGGCGCUGUACUGCGGCGCGCACGCGGCGUACCUCUGCGGCGGGUGCGACGCGAGGGUGCACGGCGGGACGGAGGCGUUCGCCGGCGGCAGGCGUCACGAGCGCGUUUGGAUCUGCGAGGUGUGCGAGCAGGCGCCCGCCGCGGUCACCUGCAAGGCGGACGCGGCGGCGCUCUGCGUCGCCUGCGACGCCGACAUCCACUGCGCCAACCCCCUAGCCCGCCGCCACGACCGCGCACCGCUCCUCCCCUUCCUCGAGCCUCUCAAACCCUACUCCGCCGUGGCCGCGUUCCUGAUCAACGAGGAAGAGGCGGCGACGGACGCGGCGGCCAAGGCCGAGUCGUUUCUCCUCUCGAGUCGACCCAAGCAGAUCGGAGCAGUGCCGGAGCUUAACUAUACGGAUUACCUCUUGUCGGACGUGGAUUCGUGCCUUGGCAUGGAAUACGCCGCUUCGAUAGAAGCGCAAAUCCACCAGACGGACAGCGUCGUUCCCUUCCUCUCCAAGCACGCCGGAGUCAUCGAAUCUCGGCCGCCUCCGUCGUUCCUCCAGCCCGAUGCCUCCGUCGAGCUUGACCGCGGCCAAUCGAACCCCUCCUACAGCUCCUACAUCACCCGAUCAAUGAGCCAUAGCGUAUCGUCGUCAGAGACGGGUGUGGUGCCGGACGGAAGCGUGAGCGGAGGCACAGCGCCGGACUUCGCGAAUGCCUACACCAGAGUGGCGGCGCGGACGGAUCGGGAGGCCAGGGUGAUGAGGUACCGAGAGAAGCGGAAGAGCCGGCGGUUCGAGAAGAUGAUCAGGUACGCGUCUCGGAAGGCCUACGCGGAGUCGCGGCCACGGAUCAAGGGGCGGUUCGCGAAGAGGGACGAGGUCGAGACCGCAGUGGGAGACGCGGCGGCGGCGGAGUUCGCAUUGGUGGAGACCGACUACGGCGUCGUGCCCUUCUAACCCUCUGCUGAAUGCUGAUCCGGUUUCGUGUUUGGCGUGUAGUCUACUUACUAAUGAAUAAAACAAAAAUAGAAGAAAAAGAAGUGAGAGGAGCUUUCCAAAUCCCUUGGCACAAAUCUUGAAGCAUAAUUUUGGAGGGGGGUUUUUUGAUCCUCUCCUUUGGCUUUUCUUUUAAAUUUGGAAUUUAACAAAAUUUCUAAAAAAUUUGAAAUUUUGUCUAA